AUGGCUUUCUCUACUUUGUGUCCUCUUCUUUACGUAAGACCCGCGAGGCUCACUACAAUUGGAGGUAGAGACGACUACGAUAUCGGCAACGGAGUCAGUUUGGGAUGGUGGCGCCUAGACUUAAUGAUUCUUGGGCAAGAGACUUGGGUGAGUAAAUCAAAGCACGAAGAACUCGAUAGAAUUGAGGCUCGGCUGUGGCUAAAGACAAAGAAGUCAAGGGCUUUUGGAAUCAAAUACUUGAUAGAAUUAGGCUUUAUUUCAUGCAAUUUUCUUGUGAUUCUUUGUAUUUGGGCACUUUAA